AUGGCAACUGUCAUUAACGGACUCCGAAUUGCCCACUCUCAAACAGUUCAUCGACUUCAUCGCGCAUCGAUGUUUGGAAAUGAGCUCCAAAUAAAUGCCUCCUCCUCAAAAAAUGCAAACGUUUUGGCGCAAUCUAACGCGAGGCGCCAAUCUUCGUGUGUUGCAACGGUAAAAACAAAAUGCGGCUUUUGUAAGGGAGAACACCUCAUGUAUUAUUACCAAGAUUUUCUAGCAUUGCCGGUUUUUCAAAGAAUCUCGGAAAUUUGGAAAAGAAAGCUUUGCGCUAACUGCCUGGGAUUUACAGAGCAUGCGUCCAGCAAAUGCUUAUCAGGCGGUUGUAAAAUUUGCAAAUCAAAACAUAAUUCAUUGCUUCAUCUUGCGACCGUCGCGACAACAAAAUCCGUUGUUCCGGGAUCCGCCGCGGAUGAGGCCGGAGGGAGAGUUCCGACAAAUUCUCCGGCCACGCUUGUUUCACACCGCGUGAGCUCUCUCGAUAACAAACAUGUUAUGCUGUCAACCGCCGUCGUUUAUGCAUACGAUAAUCAAGGUUCACGAAAAUGUUGCCGCGUGUUGUUAGACAGCGGCUCUCAAACAAACUUCAUUUCGCAAAGAUUCCUGGCAAUGCUCAGUCUCAAAACACGUUCUCUCGACAUUUCGAUUUCAGGAAUUAACAAAACAGCAACGAGAUCAUUUGGGGCAGCAGAAGUCAAACUGCAAUCGCGAACAAGUUCUUUCAGUAUUUUAUUGGGUUGUGUCGUCACUGAUCAUGUAACCGACAAAAUUCCAGCAAUUACAUUGAAGCGGGGCGCAUUCAAAAUUCCUCAGAAUCUCAAAUUAGCCGACGCUCAAUUUAACGUCUCGCCAGAGAUCGAUGUUUUGAUUGGCGCCGAGCAUUUCUGGAACUUGCUCUAUGUGGGACAUGUCAAAUCUUUUCCAAUGCAUCCAAUCUUGCACAAGACACGAUUCGGAUGGAUUUUGGCAGGGCAAUUGGACGCCUCACCGAACUCACCACGUAAAGCGCAAUCUUUUCACGCAUUGAUAACCAACACGCAAUUGCAUAAUCAGCUAUUGCAUUUUUGGCAGGUAGAGGAUGUCUCUGAAAUUUUAAACAACUAUUCCAAUGAGGAAUCUCUAUGCGAGCAACACUUCUUGCAAAACGUGUCGCGAGAUAGUUAG